CUUGUGGUAAGAUGCCAUGGAAAGAGACAAAUUAAGUAACUAGCUUUGCAAGCAACUAUCCUUUCCGAAGCUGCUUCCUUGCGACGGUUAUGCACCAAUAGCUUGUUAAAUAUAUUAUCUUAUUGCUAGAGCCGUAGAGGGUAGUGCCUGUGGCCUGGAACGCACAGUCCGCAGUUCCUUGGUCAGGGUCUAAUGGACGACUCCUUCUACCGCGAAGAUGAUGGGUUUUCGGGAGAGCUCGGAGAUGGAGAGCAAUUUCAGGGGACGGCAAGGUCAACAGUAGUUCAGAACCAACCACAUGAUGAGGAGGUGAACCUCAGUGAAUCUGAGAGCUUCGCUGGCGCAGACGAACCUCCAGCGGUGCCUAGAGAUGCGUCGUUGAUAGAGUCCCACGACAUGGACGAGGGGCCCGCUGCGCCAGCGCGGACGAUCUCCCCGGAGGCAUAUGACACCUCCUCCGCCAAACACGGAGCUCCCUUGGCGGCUCUGGCCUCAGGACAAGGAGGCGCUGGUGGAGGGGACGACAGUGCCCCCGUGGGGGCGUACAACGCGCAGGAGUAUAAGCACUUAAACGUGCCGGAUGACGUGCGGGAGCUGUUCCAGUACAUUGGCAGGUACAAGCCGCAGACAGUGGAGCUGGAGACUAAGCUCAAACCCUUUAUUCCCGAUUACAUACCAGCGGUGGGCGGGAUCGAUGAGUUCAUCAAGGUGCCGCGGCCCGACGGAAAGCCCGAUUACUUGGGCCUCAAGGUGCUGGAUGAGCCGGCUGCCAAGCAGUCAGAUCCCACCGUACUUACACUUCAACUGCGGCAGCUCUCUAAGGAAGCGCCGGGUGCGAAGGCUGACAUGGUGGGCCGAUUGGAGCACGCGGACGAGAACAAGGCAAAAAAGAUUCAGCAAUGGAUUGGUUCGAUUCUGGACAUCCACAAAGCCAAGCCACCGGCCAGCGUGUCGUACAGCAAACGGAUGCCCGAAAUCGAGGCGCUAAUGCAGGAGUGGCCGCCGGAGGUGGAAACUUUCUUGAAGACCAUGAAAAUGCCGUCGGGCGAUGUGGAAUUGGACAUCAAGACGUACGCCAAGCUGGUUUGCACCUUGCUGGAUAUCCCUGUGUACGACGACCCAAUCGAGUCACUGCAUGUUCUCUUUACGCUGUACCUAGAAUUCAAGAACAACCCCAUCUUCCGGCAGCACAUGGAGAUGGAGAACAAGCUAGAUGGCAUGGCGACCGUGGGGCCCGGCACCGCAGACGUGCUUGGGCUGUGAGCAGGCCCAGGAGAAGACGAGUUGUGUUGGCGUUCUGUGCAAGCAUAGCGUUCUGUGCAUUAUAUGGUUUGUGUGCCCCGCGGCUUUGGGUGUCGGAAAUGGUGGAGGGACUUGAAGGGCCUGGUGUUCAAGUAGCUAGGCAUGUACAUACACUCGGGUUCUCUCCCCACACGGCGUUGGUGGCGUAUAUGGCUGACUUGCUUCGUUACAUAUGCUUAUGCUUAAUUACUGUAUAAAAGUGGAAAUGAUAAGUGUGGCGUUGUACGCCGAGCUGCGAUCAAGGCACGUCCCAUGCUAUGCAACCAUGACACUU